AUGGGAGAUGGAGCGAAUGGGGUGUAUCGUUUCUCUGACAUAGCCGGAGAACCUAUGCGAAGAUUACCACCUAUCAGAGGCUACGAAAAUGCUCCACUCGUAUCUAUCAAAGAAGCAACGCAACCUCUCAUACCACAUGUUCCCGAAAUCGAACAUAUGAUACAUACCAUUGAAGGAAAUAAUAAGAAACCGGAACAUGAUUUAACUACUGAUGAGUCUGCAGCAAUUGCAUUGUACUCGUUGGAAUGGUCUCCACGGAAAAACUCAUUCUACAUAAUUCUUAACAAUGUGCUACGCCAUUCAAAACGAGACGCAUUGCUGCCACCAUGGUUCAAGUUUUUUAAACUUUUACUAAUUGCUCUCUCAAAACUGCCAUCAACUGGUCGCCGAACAGUCUAUCGAGAAAUGGAAUUGGAUUUGCGUGAACACUAUAAGAGAGGUGCGCGUAUUGUUUGGCGAGGGUUUUCUUCCUGUACGACAGCUGCAGACGUACUCGAAGCAGAGAAAUCUUUUGGAAAGACCGACACAAGAAAUUUAUUUGCAAUUGAAUGUGACACAGAAAAAGAAAUUAGUCAACAUUCAUUCUAUCCAAAUGAAGAAGAAAUACUGCUUCUUCCUGGUCAAGAAUUGCAAGUUGUUGCAUUGUUCGACAUGGAUCACCAAGUUACUAUGAUUCAACUCAAGGAAACGGUGCCGCAGUUUCCAAACAUAGCUGCUAUUACAGCCUCCAGUCCUUCAGCAACAAUCUCGAACACCACCACUACUGCUACUCCUAAAGCAGCUGCAUCAUCAUCAUCAUCAUCAAUAGUACCAAAAUCAGUUCCUCAAUCCAAACCUCCUGUAAAACAAGUGAAGGUUUCCUAUCGAAAGAAGAAUAUAACCGAUGCUGACAUUCAACGUAUUAUCGAAGAAGAAAUCAUACAACAAGAGUGCACGGAACUCGAUUUGCACGAUAAGGAAAUUACACAUCAUGGUGUUGCAAUGCUUGCCAAAGCAUUACGAAAUAAUAUAGUAAGAAAGUUAUUUUAUUUAACUACUUAG